CUCUGCAGUUGGUCGCCUGCUACAGAGUGCAUAAAAUCGCUGAGAUUUCGUAUGCGUGAAUUGUAUUGCGCAAUACGCCACACGCAUAUAUGUGUGUCUAGUGACUUUUUAUUGGUAGACUUGCCUUCGAAAGUCACCAAACUAGCAGACCGCUUCUUUCUUGGAAAUCAGAUCACUUUCCACCGCAGCAGAGCAGCAGCACUCAGCAGCAGCAGCAGCAGCAGCAGCAGCAGCCAAGUAGCCGCGCGGCCGCGAGCAUGUGUGUGUCCUGUCGGUGAAUCGUCGAUUACACAGGCGCGACUGGCGCGAGCAUCAGCGGCUGGCUGUUUAGUGUGUGCGGAGAAAGAUCGGACGAAACGAGAAACCCGUCGUCGUGUGUGCGAGUGGCGAGUGCGUGCUGCAUGUGUCUGUUAGUGCUGACUGUCGUCCGGUCCGGGUGCAAAUCGCUCUCAGUUUCGGACAGGCGAUCGGAGUAUGGGCUAUCGUGUUGCGUAGUAUAUAAACGUACCAGUAAAACAGGACGUUCUUCGCAUAUCUCUAUAUAAACGCUCGCGCUCGAUAACGGAGUAGCCCCGGAGUGCAGUGUGUGCGAUUUAUCAUAUGAAAACAAAGGCAACAACAAUGGCAGCGGAAUUUAAGGGCUCGCUACUGUGUGUGUGGUUUCUCGGCAGCCUCACAAACUCCAGAACUAAGUGCGUGUCCUUCAGUGAACAUGAAUCGUGAUCCUAGUUUUCGUCCCUCAGCGGGUGUUUCGGCCCGUUUUUCUCUGCACGAGCUGUCUUUAUUUUCUCAUCCGCUCGUCGCCGCUACUGCUGCAGCCUCCUGCAGCUCGUCGUUCUCAAAGGCUCUCUCAAAAACACACUGACAGACUCGUACAGGAAAUUUUGUUGACUCGCUAGUGUUAUAAAGGAAUGGCAGCAGCCUUGAAGAAAAAUCACUCCCGAAGAAGGUUAGCUGCAUUUACAUUUCUUUCCAACAUCUCGCUUGAUGGAAGUCAUAGAGAUACUCGACUGGUACUACUACCUCGCAAUGGAGUACUAAAUAAUAAUCAACUCAGUGAAGUUAAGACAGCUGCAUCUAAAAAUAGCCAAGCCAAUGUAGAUGAGAACUCUUGGGAUGAUGCUUUAGAUGGUUCGUGUGAUGAAAAUAAUGAUCAAUGUGGGAGGCAAAAUGAUUCACCACAAUCUGCAGCGGUUCAGAACCAUCUACCAGACCGCUCAUUCAGCUCUGAUUCUGAGACAACUGUGACUCCAGCCAAAGCUGCAGUUGCCACCCUAUCGGAGCAAGGACACAAUGGUCCACAUUUGAUAUCAUCUCAUCAUGGUGGUUCUUUCAGAGAACGUGCUGGAACAGCCGGCAGUGAGUACUCUUUGAAAGAAAGAAGAGUUGGAUCAUUGCAUUACAAACGAAAAAUCGUUCAUCAAACAUCAACUUUAUCAGAAGACAUAAAAAAUCAAUACAACAGCAGCAAUGAAAGUAUUGGAUCAUUGCGAUCAAAAUCUAUAUCACAAAGUUCAAAGUCAAAGGUCAAAGCAUUAAACAGCGUUCAGUCAGGCUGUAUGAACAAUGGAAUCAUUCCAGAAGUGGCAAAAGAACUGCGUUACAUGAAGAAACCGAUCAAUGGUCACAAAUUUACAGAUGAUAGAGUUAUACUAGUAUCUUCUCAGAAAGUACCAUUUUUAGUAUUUUCAUCACUUCCUUACAGCAAAGGACAACGUACCAGUUGCUUACAAAAUGUUACGAGUAAUUCACCUGUCUUCAAAAAUCUCUCUGUGAGCAACCCGAUUUUAAAAAGGUCAGAGCUUCGUAAAGAUGCAGGGCGUCGAAAAAACACGAUUACUUCAAGACCUUUGUCGUCAAUCAACGAUAACUUAGAUCCUUUUGGCUUGCUGGGAAUCGAACGAGCCCAAGAUGGCCAACAAAUUUCUUAUGGAGCAUUGCUUGUGCCAUCUAGACAAUUUCAGAAAGAUAGAAGAAUGCACAUGAGUGACAGUGAAGCUAUUGAAUUGAUGCAUGCCACUACCAACAACAAGCACCAUAUUGUUUCAAGGACGAAAACCAUAACAUGGAACACGGAUCAUAGAAAGUGGUGUUUGUCAUAUGAUAUGGCAGCAAAUCGUUUGCAACAUGUAUCUGAUUCACCGCCAGUAGUGUUGGGAUCUGAUUCAAAAGUCCACGACUGGGAUGACCAAAUACAAUACAACCCUAAUUUACUCGACGAUCCAGAGUUGAUAGCUGGGAAACAUAGAACGUUACUUACGUUUACAUCGUAUAUGGCGUCAGUCAUUGAUUACGUUCGGCCUUCUGACUUGAAGAAAGAGUUGAACGAUAAAUUUCAGGAAAAAUUCCCUCACGUACAGCUCACUCUUAGUAAAUUGCGAAGCUUGAAGCGAGAGAUGAGAAAAAUCGCUAAAAUGGAGAGUGGAGUGGACUUGUUGACCGUGGCAAUGGCAUAUGUAUAUUUUGAAAAGUUAAUCCUACGAAAUGUAGUAACAAAACAAACACGCAAGCUAUGUGCUGGCGCUUGUCUACUGCUUGCUGCUAAGUUAAAUGAUGUUAAAGGACAAGUGUUAAAGUCACUUAUAGAGAGGACAGAAAGCGUUUUACGAUUAAAUCGUAAGGAUCUUUUGACGUCAGAAUUUGCAGUACUCGUAGCACUCGAAUUUGGUUUACACCUUCCAACGUGGGAAAUAUUUCCACACUAUCAGCGUCUUAUAUACGAAUCUUGACCUAUUUUACUUUUCAAUAUGAAGUACAAGUACCUGUCUUGACACUGGGUAUCGCAAAACUUGGGUUGCGAUACUUUUUUUUAUGAGGAUAUUUUCCUUAACAAACUAUAAGCCACAGUCAGAGUAAUCGAUUUAAUCUUUAAAAGUUUCAGUGAAAUUGAGAUCAAGCAUAUAGGUUGUCAAUUAAAUUAAUGAUCAAGCAAAACGAUUAUGUAAAAUUUAAUUUAAAGUCAUGAGAUGGUUGAAAAAUGGUUCAUAAGAAGAUGUGAUUAUACUUGAUCUCAUUGCACUAGAACUUUGUACAACUCAAAGCAUACAAUGCUUCCCAACGUCUUAAUCUUAAUCAAGUGUAGUAAUUAAUUGCAAACAGAUAUCUAAGCCCUAAGAACAAAAUAACAAUGUGAUUAUUUGCCAUUGGUUCAGUACUUAAAAACUACAAGCUUAUUUAGGAAAUAACUUUUUUUAGAUUUUAACCAAUUUGACCGAUUUUUGAUGGUUGUAGUUAGUUUUUUGGAUACUUACAAAUAUAAAACUUAUAAUGCUCAGGUUACCUUGCGUGAUAUGCACUUUAUGCAUCAAAUUUUUGAUUAUAUGAUUAGGUUGAAAUUCGCUCUCGAUUUUUCAGUGAUAGCAUUCUUCUAGACUGAAAUUUCUAUUUCAAUUUCAAUCUGGUUUUCUUGUUUAUAACACUUGUUUUCUUACAACACUUGACUUUACAAUAAUUAAGCUCAAUUGCGAAUGAUCAUUAGUGUUUCUGCAUAUUUAACACUUAACGAUCGCUUGAAAGGGUUGAUUGAAAACCCAAAUUAUGAAUUUAUUAGAUAUAUAUGUAAAAGUUUAUGUAAAUAAUGAAAUGUUUGAAGUGGGUUUCACAAAUUCUCUUAUAGUAUACUUUUUUUGUUUUUUUUCAAUUAUAUUAAAUAGAAGUGGUACUUUAAUAUAAAAAGAAUGUUUUUUUACAGGCUAGAUUUGUUUCCUUCUUGCAUUAACGUCAUACUUAAUAAUAAAGUACAUUAACAUCUACUGUGUCAUACCAAACAACUAUACUUAUGAUAAAUCUUAACUGUUUAGCAUGAAAAAGAUAAAGAAAAAAAAUGGCAAUACGGCCGCAAAAAAUACUUACGUAAUUUUCUAUUAAUAUUGGAUACACGAGUUUAUAAUGUCGAUAUGAAAGUCUUUUUACUGGGGCUGUUACUUUCAGAAUAUACUGAAAUGAUUUUGAAGUCUAAAAUUUAAAAUACGCAGAAUCUAUUAAUUAUCCUUAAGAACCAUAAUUUUUCGACUGACUGAUAAGUCUUUUUUCUCUUACUUGAUAGAAAAGAUUUUGAAAGUAGUAUUCCCCUACUCUGACGAGAUUAAUGCAUACAAAACUGCUUUAAUGUAUAUACCUUGUUGAUGUUUAAUUUAAAUCGCGUACACAGUUUUGCAGGAAACAAAAACAGUUGCAUACAGUGACAGAUCUAAAAAUACAUUUGAUCCAAACCUACAUUUUUCCAUCCCGUGUUUUGCUACGAUUUUAUGGCGAUUAGCAGCCUUUUAUAAUGUCUAAACUUAAGAAAGCUACAACUCGAUUGAUUUGUAUCGAAGGAAGAAGAAAAAAUGUUAUGUAAAGAUCAAAAAUGGAAUCCGAAAUCACGAAAACUCUAUCAUGCGAGUUCUAAAAAUGUUAAUGCUACAUAUGAUAUUGCGUACAAGAAAAUAUCUGCGAGUGUAUAUAAUGAUGAUAAGAUAUGGAGAGUAUUUUGCACCUUUUUGUAUCCAAUCAAUUUGAUUCAUAUUGCUAACCAGCUUUUAUUUUUGUAAUCUUCUACACUACUUGAACAAAAUUAGUGCACUUGAGAAACGAAUUAGGUUAAUCAAGUUUCAUGUUCUGUACGUACGUAGUAUUGAGACUGAUCAUCCCAUCUUGAAAUCAUUGUUUUCUCUAGACCAAGAUGGAAACUGUUUUUUAGCUCGCGUCGCUGCUGAAUAUUCGCGGCACCCUGUUUGUAUAGCUUAUUAGAUUAUUGUAGACGUGGAUUGAGGGGAAAGCUGAAAAGAAUUUUGAAUCACAAUUGAUUUGUCAGAUUGUGCAGAUUGAAUACCAAUUUAUGUACGCCAUUGCGUUCCGAAGAACAAAACAAAAACUUCAAACACCUUUUAUAAAUAUUUAGUAUUCUACCCCUUUCUAGUCUGCGGUUGCUACGAGAUAAAAUUUUAAUGUAAAUAGGGGAGGUCGUAGGUAGAUAGUUAUACAAGAUGUUAAUUUCAGGCGGGAUUUGAGAUCCGAGUUGAGAAACUCUUUUAUCAAAUCAAUUCAGUCAAAUCUUAUUAUCGGUGAUAUGAAAAAAUAUUUGUCUACUUAACAUUAUACGCGUAUGUACUUUAUGAAUUCUUUUUAUUUAUGUUUGUUUUUUUUCUACAGAAAUGUUAGUAUAAUCAAACUAAUUUACAACGUGCAUUUUAUCUUCAGAAUAUUAUGGUCCGAUGUGUUAUAUGUCAAACCCUCUUUCUUUGUAAAUAUCAUCAAUUCCAGUCUACACACUUAGUAUCGUGUAAACUGUAAUUGCAAAAUAUAUACGGUUUGUUAGGAUUUUCGAAUUAUUUUUGAAUUUUGUUGGUUUUUAAAUAUUUUGCGCUUGCAAUUAUUUUUCGUAUAGAAAAUUAUAUCAUGUACUGUAAAUAGCUUUGCGUUAAAAUAAUUAAUUAAUUAAUGGGUUAAAGUUCUUGUUAUAACUUUCCUAAUAUAAUACGUACCUUAUUCACUUUGAAGAAUGAGAGCUGUGUUGAAGGAUUUGAAAGCGGUCAAGUAGUGCGCGAGCUGUGUCUCGUCGUGAUUAUAUCAUUUACUCCACCUACAGUACAAGCUUUUCACAUUAUAUACGAAACAAAAAAUAAUUCUAGUACUCCAAUCUUGUAUACCAGAAAUUGUGCUGUCUAAUAAAUAAUCAUAUAAUGUCACAUGA